AUGGUGUUCCGCCCCAUGUACAGAGGCGAGGUGCGGCUGACGGAGCUUGAUGCUUCCGUCAGCUCAGAGGACGUAGCUGCGGUGACGGCGGGGGAGUUCGGCCCCUGCCAAGAGGGCGACGUCACAAUGGGCCUCAUCGUUGAAAGCCGCGACCGUAUGGGCUCGGCCUGGAUGCGCUGCUCAGAGGGGGUGGCGACGAGGUUAGACCUUGUGGGACAACUCCGGGUUGGCUGGUCCAGCGCUCGGGUCCUACUUAAAACGCGCCGGCUCCAGUGCUAUAGAUGCCUGGAGUUCGGCCACGUUUGGCAGGCGUGUUGGAACAAGGUUGACCGCACCCGCACCUGUUUCCGGUGCGGUAAGGAUGCGGAUUACACAGCGCGCACCUGCUUGGCUCCCAUGCAAUGCGUGCUGUGCGACAGAGGCCUGUCCACCGGACACUGA